AUGCGGCGCAAACAGAAAAACAUGGGCAGCAAGGGCCGUUGGGUGAGCGCCAGCCAUUGGCUGCAUCACCGUCGGCAAGCUGUCCAAUCAGCUGUCUCUGGUGAAAAGAUUGGGGAGCGGGUGUCAUCCAGAAAGGUUGCCAUAUCAAGGAUGGCAAAAAGAAUGUGGGGUGAAAAACAUGAGAACGAAAAGCGAUUCAAUUUGAAGAAGGAAACUGAACGGCGUAUUGGAGCAUUUCGACAGGGCUUGAUCUUUAAGGGGAAGAAACGGUUGGCAAGACAAGCUGUGGCUGCGGAUGAAGCCGAGAAGAAGAAACGGAAAUUGUAUUUCAAAUCACUCCAACUACGUGAUGAAGCGGUGGAAGGUCCCCGAGGAGCACUACCUACGUUCGAAAACAUGGUGGUUUUAAAUCCUGUUGGUGACAAACUGCGGGAUGUUGUCAAGAAGAGAGGAUCAAAAUUGGUCACUUCCAUGUCCAAGGUGACCGCCGUUCUACAAAAAGAUGCGCUGAAGCCAAACAUGACUGCUUCCUUUUUUGCUUUUCUCAAAGGAGUGUAUGUGGCAUCGCACAAGUACUUCCAAACCAAAGGAAAACGUGGUCUUCUCAUUCCAUACAAGUUGUCAAAAGAAUUACUUGUUGGAAGCCCGACUCCUUCAUCCUGGAGAAUCUCAAAACGCUGA